AUGACUGAUGAAUAUGAUUUAUCUCCUUUAUCUGAUGAGAAUUCUUCAUGUAUUCAAUCUCGUUCAUCACCUAAUUUACUUAGUUCUGAACUACCAUCUUCUAAUUUAUUUUCUUCAACCACAUCAUCAAAGAAGAAUGAAAGAUUUACAAAUCCAUUAAAAACAACAGGAAGUUCACCUAGUUUUCUUCAAAAAACACCUCUUCUUUCUAAACUUCUUUCAAACUCAACACAUACGAAUCAAACAUUGGUUAAUUCAGCACAAGUUCUAUGUGAUAACAAAUCAAAUUCACAACUUAAUUUUUCAAUAGAAGAAAUUAUACCGAGAAAAGAAGAUGAUGAUAAAAGAAAAAGAAAACAAGAAAAAGAAUUAGAAGAAAUUGAAAAAAAUAUUGAAAAAAGAAAAGAAAAUAAUAAAGAAGAAGAAGAUAAUAAUAAUAAAAUUACAUCAAUUAGUAUUAAAGGAAAUGAAUUAGGAAUUGCAACAAUUGAUAUUGAAGAAGGGAAAUUAGAAAUAUCAAAAGUAAAUAUUAAAAAAAAGGAAAAAUCAAAAAUAGAUAGAUAUAUUUAUCAAACAGAAGGAAAUAUUAUUAUUACACAUAAUCAUAUUGGAGAAGAAAAUAUUAAAGAAUUAGAAAGAAAAGAAAAGAAAAUUAUAAUUAGACCAAGUCAAGAUUUUAGUAUUGAAACAUGUAAAAAAUAUAUUGAAAUAAUUAAAGAAGAAAAUAAUAAAAGAAAAGAAAAUAAAGAAAGAAUAAAUAUUUUAAUUUCAAGAUAUAUUCCAAUUGAAAAAAAUAAUGAAUUAACAAAAGCAAUUGGAGGAUUAUUAAAAUAUUAUUAUGAAUAUAUUAAAAAUCAAGAAGAAACAGAAAAAGGAAAAUAUUUAAUUAAAGAAAUUAAAAGAAUAGAAUGGGAUAAAAUAGUUUAUAUUGAUGAAUAUACAUUUAAAUCAUUAAAUAUUUUUAAAAAAGAAGAACAUCCAGAUAUUCAUAGUAAAGGAGGAGGAAAAGAAGGAAUAAGUUUAUAUGGAUGUUUAAAUAAAUGUAUGACUAAAGGAGGAAGUAAAUUAUUAAAAGAAUGGAUAUUAAGAAUAGAAAUUGAUAAAUAUAUUAUUAAAGAAAGACAAGAAUUUCAAAAAGAAAUUGGAAAAGAAGAAUAUAAAGGAAUUAUUGAUAUAAUAAGAAAAUAUCUUAAAAAAACUAAUGAAUUUUUAAAUUUAAGUAAUAAAAUUCAAAUCUUUCAAAUGAAAGAUAAUGAUUGGAUUAAAUUUUAUAAAAUUAUAUAUUCUAUUUAUCAAAUAAUUAAAAUACUUAAUAAUUAUUCAUUUAAACAUAGAAUUAUUAUUCAAUUUGAAAAUAUUUUUCAAUUAAUUAAUACAAUUAAAAAUUAUUUAGAUGAAAUUUUUAAUAUUAAUUAUUUAUUUCAAAAUCAAUUAUUUAUUAAUUCAGGUUUUAAUAAUAAUUAUGAUAAUUUAAUUCUUCAAUUUAAUCAAAUUAAUCAUAUUCUUAUUGAUUAUAAUUCUAAAUAUCAUUUAAAAUAUUGUUUCUUUAAUAAAUUAGGUUUUUUAAUUGAAAUUCCUUUAUUUUAUAAUUCUUUUGAUUCAAAUUGGAAUUUAAUCUUUAAAUCUAAUGAUUUUUAUUAUUAUAAAGAUAUUCAUUGUAUUGAACUUGAUAAUUCUAUUGGUGAUAUUAAUCAAAAAAUUCUUGAUUUUAAAACUUUUCUUUUAGAUAAUUUAUCUAUUUCUCUUAUUCCUUAUUUAUUUCAUUCUUAUACUAUUUAUAAUAUUUUAUCGGAAUUUGAUGUUUUACUUAAUUUUGUUGUUUGUAAUAUGUUAUUUAAUUGGAAUUUACCUUCUAUUGUUAAUUCUUCUGAUCCUUUAAUUUUAUCUAAUGCUAGAAAUCCAAUUCUUGAAUUAUUAACUUCUUCUUCUAUUCCUAAUUCUACUAAAAUUCUUUCUAUUCCUAUUCAAAUAAUUACUGGUCCAAAUUCUAGUGGUAAAACUAUUUAUUUAAAACAAGUUGGACUUAAUGUUAUUAUGGCUUUAAUUGGUUCUGGUGUUUGUGCUGAUAAUGCUCAAAUCCCUCUUUUUACUCAUAUUUUUACUAAAUUCUCUUCUUCUGAUUCUUCUCUUUCUUCUUUAUCUUCUUUUACUUUUGAUUGUUCUCUUCUUAGUUCUUCUCUUAAUACUCUUUCUUCCGAUUCUUUAUUACUUAUUGAUGAAUUCGGUAAAGGAACUCAUCCUUCUGAUGGUUUAGCUUUAUUCAUUUCUACUAUUCUUUAUCUUCAAUCUUUAGCUUCUAAUGCUCCAAAAACAAUCAUUUCAACUCAUUUCUUUUCAAUUUUUCAUUAUAUUGACUUAUCUAAAUGUGUUCCUCUUAAAAUGGAUGUUCUUCUUAAUCACUCCAAUAACUCUAUCACUUUUUUAUAUCGUCUUGUUAAUGGUAUAUCUGACUCCUCUUAUGCAAUCCACUCCGCUCGUUUGGCUCAUCUCCCUUCUUCUCUCAUCUCUCGUGCUUCUCAAAUCGCUAAUUCUUUAUCCACUUCCUCUCCUAUCCUUCCUUUAUCCUCAAAUCUAAACUUGGACUCUUAUUACAAUUCCCUUCUUUCUAAUUUCUCUAACUUUGACGUAGACAAUGGCGAUCUUUCCCUUUUAUUAAAUUCUAUCUCUCUUAUCUCUUCUCAUCUCUCUUCUUUAAAACUUAAACCCCUUUAA